AUGAACUUCAUAUACAGUCAUUCCUCCAAGAAUUGGAGGGAAAAUUAUUGGAUUGGACUCAAUGAUCAGCACAAUGAAAGCCAGUUUGUUUGGAGUGAUGGAACACCUUUCAACAGUUCUGUCUAUAAUAACUGGAACAGUGGUGAACCUAAUGAUGGUGGUGGAGUAGAGGAUUGUGUUGAGCUCUAUCUCCGUCGUUGGAAUGACGAUAAAUGUAAUAGUGAGCUUGGUUAUAUCUGUGAAAGGCCUAAAGGUGAGUAUGAAAUAUUGAUUAAUCCCUGAGUGAUGCUACAUGUACACUAUGAAUGUAAUUUACUUAACUCUCUUAUUCCUAAGAUCUCAUAAGUAAUUUCCUUUGUUACUGUUUGCUAUACAAUUCAUAUGAUGUGAGUUUGGAGAAUUUUCAAUUGAAUCAAUUAUCAAUCCCUCAUCACCCAACUGCUUACCAACCUCUUGGUAUUUUCUUGGUAUCGUAAGGAGAAACUCUGUCUUAGUUACUCAUGAGGGUUGAGGGAUUAACAAUAAAAAUGUAUAAUGUGGUUCUUCCUUAACCCUUUAAUACUAGAAGCGAUUGACAUGCAACUUCUUCCUAUAAUAUCCAUUCAUUAUUCAGCAAACUCAUCAGAUAGACAUUUUAAUCUUGAUCUAGCAUCACAUUCUUGUAACUAAUUCACAAGCUAAGUGCAGCAGCUAGAGGGGAGAAUUUAAACAAAUCAGAUCUAGAACUUUUUACCAGUGUUGUUAUGAUAUAUUUAUAGGUUACUGACUAUAUAUUAUAUCUUAUUAUGGGAAAAUCUUCCAAAUUUGAUUUGUUUUCGUCACGGAAAACAAACAUGUAUUUCUUUUUUUUUUGACAACAUGGUGGUAGUUCAGAUGUCAGAGAUGGAAUUCCUUUGAAAAUUUCUCACCUGGUUCCCCUAUGUACAAAUUAAGCUGUAUACAGAAAAUCAAUGUUACUUCAAUUUAUCACUUUGUUAGACUCUAGUUCAGGUAUAUUCUGUUUAGUGCUUCCCAUGUUUUUACCUCAUAUAACAUACCACAUUACCAUUACAUAAGAGGAAUCUUUAAGCUGUAUUUGAAGGGCAUCUGAAAACUGAUGUACUAGAUUUUGAAGAUAGUUCUGCAAUCCCAUCAAAGUUGUUGGCACAACGUUUUAUUUACCAAGCAUCACUUACAGUAAAAUAGCAAACAUUUCCAAGACCAAAGAUGUGCAUUUUUUUAAACUUUUUUUUCUCUUCUUUCUACAGGAGUACCCAUGCCUACCUCAUUAACUGUAUCACCUCCAGCCACUUCCAGUGAGUUCAACAUUUUAGGCAUAUCCUUAUUCAGUGGCAGAAAUUUUGCCAAUUUAAGUAUGAAUUACUUUGGAACAUUAGCAGAAGAAUCUUGUUUCCUCGCAAAAGAAUGCUCAAAAUUUUUAACUGAAUUUGACAUUUUGAUGGGAAAUCUAUUUCAUUUCUUAAGUAACAUGAUCUUCUAUUGUUCAACUCAAAGAGAGAUUCCAUAUCUACACACAUCCAUGCAUUGUUCACCACCUAUGAAUUUAAUGUCUUCAGAGCGUAAGCAAGCAAUUUGAAGAAGUCAUUUAUAGAAGUCUCUUUGCUGUCUUAAUUCUCAAAAAUCUAUGCAAAUAUUCUCUGAUGAUUUUGAAACCAUUCAUUAUUGUUAUUUUUGUUCCUCACCAGAAUUACAAGCUGUUAUAAGCUAUAAUUCAACAAAGCAAAAGCAUGUGAACUACCUUUAAAUUGUAGCUUCAACUUCAAACUUUUUAAGGGUAUUAAUGUUAGGAAGCUUUUGAAUUAAUAAUUUUCAAGCAACUCUUACAUUUGACACUUGUGAUUUGGAAAACCUCUAAGUUGUUUGAAAAUUCUCUUUGGACUUGUGCAGAUAUUUUUCGAUGGAGAUUUCUUUCAUUGUCUAAAAUAUUUUUACUUUUUGACAACACCGAAUUUAAUCUGUGUAGACAUAUCAACCUUUUCACUCCCAAGAUCUGAUUAGUAAUUCUCCUUACUAUCUGCCAUACAAUUCUUAUGAUGUUAGUUCAGAGAAUUUGGUAUUGGAUCAACUAAUAAUCCGAUGAUUGAUAUUCUUCUCUAUUCUCAUCACCUUCCUGCUUGAUAUUGUAUUGAUAUUGUAAGGAGAAAUUCUGUCUUGAUUACUUAUGGGAGUGAAAGGGUUGAUCCUUUAACUCCCAGAAGUGAUAUAUAAACAUUUAGCUUCUGCCUAUGAUAUCCAUAGAUUAUCCAGCAAACAGAUAAUGGGAAUACUUAAAUUUAUUAGGUAGAAUUAAGAUUUUCACUUGAUCUAACACCAAAUUCUCACUCCAAAUUUACAAGUAAAUGUGUGGCAGCUAAAAGGGAGAGUUAUCAAUAAGAUCUUCGGGAUUAAAACGGCUACAAAUGUCAAGGUUGUGGUUCCUAGAGCCUUAAACUCACUGUUCUGUUAACCUUGCUGAAAGUGUAUUUACCACUGAGCUUAUUUUAAGGUUUUCAACAUGCAUUGAUUAACAAUUUGGAAGUAGGUGGUCCAUUAACAGUUAGACAAUUUUUCUGCAGCCCCCAUUUCCUGUCCUAUUGGAUGGGAAUAUUAUGGGUCAUCCUGCUACAAGUUUAGCUCAGUUAGAAAGACAUGGACUGAUGCUGCAAAAGACUGCCGAGCAUUGGGAGGAUACUUGGUUAAAAUAGAUGACAGUGAUGAACAGCAUUUCAUAACAUUCAAGCAGAGAAGCAGUCACAGAGUGAGUUUACAUGCUUCAAUUUCUAGGUGAUCCCAAUUGUUUCUCUCCCAUUAUUUCAUUUCCAGUGGUGGAGCUAUUUGGAUAAAAAUUUGUAAUUCAAAGAACAAGGCUAGCCUGGGUUCCUCGUCAGUUUGAACUAAAGUACAAGGGCAUGAACAUGUAGAUUAUCCUGGAGAGUCCUGGUCGAACCAGCAAUCCUUGGUGUGUUCAAUUGAAUAAGCAUGACUGUCUCUUAACCCUAACAUCAGUAUGCAUAUUCUCUGUAUUAUUGCUAUAUAUAUAUCCCAAGAUGCUGACAACGAGAAUUUGUUAACGACGAAGAUCGAGCCUAUUUAUGGCUGGUGAUCAUUUCAUUUAUUCUUGUGACCCUCAUGUGUAAUUCAGGGGUAAUAUUGUAGGGAGAAAUCAGAUGCCAGUCACUUGUGGGGUAGGUAGGUAUUUUUCCCGUGCCCUCCGCUUGAUUAUAUGCUCUCUUGCAUUCAUUCAAAACCUCCUGCCGUCAGUGUUUUGUAUCAAAAUUUAAAGCCCACAUGAAUGAUUGUGCUCCAUUAAUGAGUUACAAAAUUUAAAAUAUGAUUUAUGAAAAAAAAACCGUGUCCAUUCCAUGUUAAUUUCAAACAAAUAAACUGUUGUUUUUGCAGACGAGAUGGAUUGGAUUAAGUGAUUCUGCUGUUGAGGGAAAUUACAGAUGGGAAGGUGAUAAUACAUUGGUAAACUACACUUAUUGGGCAACAGAUGAACCAAAUGAUUUUGCAGGCUCAGAGGAUUGUGUUCAAGUCUGGGCUUACUCUUCAGGAGGUUUAUGGAAUGAUGAUUUUUGCAACUCAGAACACUACUACAUCUGUGAGAAACCUGGUGGUAUGUUUCUUAUUUUUAAUUGAAAUUUCCCUUACCCCUAACUUUUUGACUGCAGGAGUGAGUUAUGCACAUUGUGGUUUGGAAUAACUCCCAUGAUAUACAGUUUCUGUGAUCUCUACAACUGUAUUUCAUUAACACCCUAUCUAAACAUACUGGCCAAAAUAUAGAACAUCCUGAUGUAGAGGUAGCUGUUCCUCUUUCCUCAACAUUCACUAAGGGCUGUGCCACAAGGCAAAACACAAACGUGAGGCCCACCUGCAAGAGGUUCUCAAGGUAGCAGAAGACUGCUGGGAUAACCAGCUUUUUUAAAAACCCUUACUAAUAUCAUACUGCUUAGGGCUAUUGAUGGGCUUUGGACUCAGUUAGAUCUUAAGGCAUGAGACUAGUGGACAUAAUGUGUGCGAUUAGGCAGCUAUACACAUACAUACUAAGAAAAGUGAAAAAAGACCCAGCUGGUUUGCAUUGGAAAAUAUAUAUUUCUUUUUUUGGUUUCUGUGUGUUAUAUGCAAAAACAGCAAUUCAGCCUGGUGUUGGUGGAACUGGUGGUUAUUUACCUCUGCCUUGCAUCUCAGUAAAUAUCUCUAUUGUUCACCUCCACUUUGGUGAAUAAUUGUUAACUAUAUUGCAUAAAUAAUCUCACAUGGCUAAGUUUCCUGUGGAGUUUGGUCAUAGAUAAUGCUAAUGUGGCUAUUUUCUUUUGAGUUAUGUCAGUAGGGUAAUCUAAUAAAAAUUUUUUUCAAUCAUUUAGGUCAAAACCUAUGUCCAUUAAAUUGGAGAGGUUUUGGUGACUACUGUUACCAGUUCAAUAUUCAUGGGGCCCAUGCCAAGAGUUGGCUUGAUGCUGAAAAAGCCUGCAUGUCACAUAAUAGCGGGACUGAAUUGGUUAGCAUUAGCGCGGGGGCAGAGCAAGAUUUUCUCUUCAAGUACCUUAAAGACAUGAGAAUUCCUCAAAUAUGGAUUGGACUUAAUGAUCGUAAACAGGAGGGGACAUAUGUGUGGACAGACAAGUCCUCUCUCACCUACAAAAACUGGGCACCAAAACAACCAAGCAAUGGUUUUUUCGGAACGUAUGCAGAUUGUGCAAGAAUGGAUGCUGAUAAUCAGAAUGGCACCUGGAGCAUGGCAAUGUGUCGCAAUAAGUUUGGCUAUGUCUGUAAGAGAAAAAAUGGUGAGAAAAUUACUUUCAUCGAUUAGUGGUGAUCAUUUCCUUUAUCCUCGUAACCUUAAUGUUUGAUUCACACGCAAUGAUAAAAUUUCUAGUGAAGAGGUAAGAGCCCGCUUCAAUCAAACACGUUUACUCAGCAUUCAAUGUAGCUACUCUUCAAUACACACGUGAAGAAGAAGUUAAUUUCUAAGGAAGAGAAAAAACAACUUUUACUAAAUUUACCAACAUAUAAGACGAGAAAAAUGAAUGCGAAAAUACCUCGAGGCAAAAACUUAACAAAUGCUGAGGGAAUAUAGAGAUACGAAACACUCGUAGCAAAAUGGUUUACAUCAGCGCAAAAAUCAGACACACUGCCAAAAUGGGCGUGAAACAUGAUAUAAAAAAGGCGGUUUAGGUUACAUUAAGUGCGAAAAUGAUGGUGUAGAAAUGAUACGUGUUAAAACGAUUAGAAUAAAGCGGAAAUUAAUUUGUGUGGAAACAAAAGACCGGUAUCGAAGAGGCCAUGGGCUCAAAUCCCGUACGGGCCUGAAUUUUUUUUGUAGGCCUCAACUUCUAGUUCAGUAGUGUUCAUAGCUGCAAGGAUCGCUACUAUAUUCGUUUCUUCAACCGCAGUGCACGUAUAUGAUUUUCAUAUAUUUCCAGCCAUUAUUCGACAUAAGACCUAUUUGUGAGAAAUCAGAAAAAUUACACAUUCGCCUCAUCUGCUAAUAAUCAUAUAAAUAGACUUUGAACGGAUGGAAUGGAAAUGUGUUUAGUGAAAUGUUAUGGCAUGUGAAGGACAGCAAGGAACUGAAACAAAUUCGAUCGAUCGAUUUAUAUAUCAUUCAAUCAUCUCAUUUGAAACCAAAACCAAUAUGUACUGUCAGUAAAUAGCGAAACGUCCACACAAGAGAGAGAAUGUGAAAAAAUAAAACUUUUAAAAAUGAGAACGAGGUCGAACGUAUUUCUCUAUCCGCAAUCUUGAUCUGAGCAUAUCACGUGACUAUUUUGGGUGCGAGUUUUGGAUUUUCCAUUUUUUGUUGAUCCAAUAAGGAUUUUGUCAACAGAGAAUUUUUCAAAGUGGACUCAUUUAAGCCCAAACCACGAAUCAUCGGGUGCUGUAAUGGAUAUCAUGCACAAAGAAGCCAUUCUAUACUCGACGAUUUACCUAACCUUUCCAUUGUGUUCUGCAAUCGCAUUCCCGUGUAAAGUUCAAGAGCGGCGCCAGUCGAGCUUUUCCUAGAGUUAGAAUUUUUUUCUUCAUACUAUUUGCAUUCUGCUUCAUGAAUUAUCAUUAAAAAUAAACACUUUGUAAGAUUCAGAAUAAGUCCUUAGAUCAUGGACAAUGAUGGGUAAGUUUAAGAUAUAAGAGCCAUUUGUGAAAUAUUUAGCGUUGGUUGUGUUGACAAGUUUUUUGGGGAAUUGUUUAAUACAGCUGUAUUUUCCGGGUAUGCACACGUGCCUGAAGAAUUGUAGGUUUUCCAAGAAAAUACCAUCGAAGUGUGGUUUAUUCCAUCAAUCAUCACGUUUAAGUGUUGUGUAAUUAGUAUGCGUGAGAGGAGUUAAUUUAUCUUACUAUACCCGCUCACUGGCUUCAGUGAUUGAUGUCAUUGUAGAGUGUUUCUUUAGGAUAUUUUUCAAUAUUGAGUGUCGAAAGUAAUCCGAAAUUGCUUCGUUUUAAUUUUACUUUGUUUGAUGAUUGGUCCAGAAAACUCGGGCCACUUUCUCGACCAAUCAGAUUCAAGUCUAAAUCCAAUCGCGACUUGGUCACUUACGUUUUCCCGCGCUUCAGACAGUUUGCUUGUUUUUACGUUGAUUUCACAUAAGCUUCUCCCUAUGAUUGGCUGUUGUCAUUGCUUUGGUUUGGGUUAAGUUUUACGUCACUCAAUCGAAAAGACAGUCUCUGAACCCUGAACGGCGUAGCUGCCCCACCCGUUGUUCCACGACUUCUCUCUGUUUGAUCCAUGUAAAGUUUAUCCAAUUUUCAACCGGUUUUGUUUUGUCAUAGGCAUAAAUCAGUGUGAUUCGCCAUUUGGAAUGGAAGAUGAGAGCAUUGCCGAUAGCCAAAUAUCUACCUCCAGCAAUUAUAACUUUUCAUCUCGAGCAAGUCAGGCCCGUCUUCGUUUGGAAAGCGGUGACUUAAAUGCAGGAGCAUGGUGCGCUGCACAAAGCAAAGUGGUAAAUUAUUAACUAGGUCUUCAUACUGAUAACAAUAGUAACAGAAAUCAUAGACCACGAGAAGUCAGAAAAAAGAAAAAAAAAAUUGAUGCUAGCGCGCCGCAGGGAAUUCGGCGCCUCAAUCCUAGAGCUCUCAGCGGCGCGCUAACAACAACUUUUUACAAUUUUUUUUUUUUUUAAUCGCGCGACGGACUUCGCCGAAAAGGAGAGACUGCUUGUAUUAUACAGAAAUCAUGACCUAAGACUAAGAACUUUCCAGAGUUUAAUUUAGUUAUGAAAGUAAGUAAAUUAAAAUUGCAAGUUACGACUAUUGGAAGAGAGUAAUAAGAGCAAAAAGGAUCUUGAACGCACAAGGGCAGAAAAUGAAAAAAAACAUUGGUAGCUUUACUUCGGUCGGUACCCUUACAACGUGAUGGUUUACGUUGUAACAAUACAUUCAACAUUGUGUUGCGUUGGAUGUGCGCAAAUCCAGCGUGAAGUCAUUUAAAGUAGCACAGCUUGAAGUUUUUUGCCUACAGGUCGGGCCCGGUUAUUCAAAGAGCGGAUUGCGCUAUCAAACAGACAGAUCGUUAUCCUCUAGAUAUAUAUUGUGUUAAUUAAACCUACCGCUUAAUUUCCUGGUUGAGAGUUAUCCACUGGAUGAUGUUAUCCAUCCUUAGAACAAUCGGGGCCGGGAGGGAAAAGAAAUAGGGCAAUUAUUUGUUAAGAUUUUUCUGUGAGGAGGUAAAUCCUAACAUGUAAUUUGUAUUUUAAUGUUCAGUUUGCCUUGUGUUCAUUUACCGUUUUGUUAUGUGGCAGGGUGAAUAUUUACAUAUUGAUUUGGGAGUUGUGCGUCAAGUAAGACACAUUGCACUUCAAGGAAGGCCAGGAUCUUCUGACUAUGUGAAGACAUUCUAUCUCAGAUAUGGAAACAAUGGCCUGGAUUUUAAUAACUAUGGUGAAAACGCCACAGUCAAAUACAAGGUAGAUAAUGGGUUUCUUUUACAUGGUGCUAAUAUUUACAAAUGUUUUAAAUCGGAUUCAAACGAAUGAGAAAAUUUGGGGCAGUAUAUCGUUAACUGAUGAUUACUAGUAUUAUCUGGUGAGCGAGACACUCAUUUAGUCAGUCAGGUAGGCAAUCAGUAAAUUAGUUAGUCAAUCAAGCGACCUUUCUGUGGGUCCAUAAUUAAUUAGGGAGUCAGUCGUUCAGUCGUUUGGCCGGUCCAUUGACGUUUGCUUAGUCUGUUAGUUUGUCACCGAGUCACCAACACCACUAUCAUUAUUGUAAUUGAUAUCAGUCAUUCAUGUUUAUGUAGCACUUCAUAAGAGUCACUACCUUUUUGGAAUUUCAGACUUUAGGUGGAAAUGUCAAUGAUGCCGCGUCCGUCAGCAACAUUGCCCUUACUGAACCUAUCUAUGCCAGAUUUAUCAGGAUUUAUCCACUUUCAUGGAACUCUCGUAUCUGCCUGAGAACUGAAAUUUAUGGCUGUGCAUCACAAGGUAAGAAAUAACUCAGCGCUGCACACUAUGGCGUACUUUAACAGGCUUUAAAGCACAUUUCGACUGAAAGACGUAGAACCAAAACAAAAGUUGUCACAAAAGCCAAUCGCAAGAAAGUGAGAUAUCACAGGGAGCCAAUGAGAGCUCAAAUUAAAAACUUCACGCCGUCUGAAGCGCGGGAAAACGCAGGUGGCCAAAUUCCGAUUAGUUUUAGCCUUGAGUGUAAUUUGCCGAGAAAGUGGCCAAUCACAUCUAGCGAAAUAAAACAAAAUCAAAGCAUUGCAGGGCACUUUCGACACUCAAUUGAAGAUUGCUUAUUUUCUUUAUUGCAUGAACUGUGUAAUUGUUUGCGAUGAUUCUUUUACAUAUAUCUUUAUCUCGCCGUUCAGAGACAUCGAUAUCAUGUGACCUCACAUAAUGACCAGCCCCUAGUUGGUUUGAUGGUUCAGCUGACUUGCGUGCUGCACUAGUCUUACGGGGCGAUAACGAAUUCGAAGCCAGUUCUCUUCUACUUUCCAGUUUAACCACUACUUAAUUUUUUUAUUACCACCUAACUGCAAUGAUCUUCGGUCAACUGGAAUCUUUUCGUGCAGCCUAAUUACUGUACAUGACUUACCUAUAUUUUCCUUAAUAAACAGUCUGUGUAGGAUAAAAGAAAGUUCUUUAAAUCGCAUCUUUUUCCCUUUAGCCUCUUCUAAGAAGUGUGGGAUUGGCUGGGAGAUUGGACCUGAUGAAACUUGCUACCAGAUUAACUCGAAUCAGUGGAAAUUGUGGGCAGGUUUGUUUGUUUUGUUUUUAGCUGCUGUAUUGGAUAACAUCGGUGGCCAAUAGGUUUGAUUCCCAACGGAUUUCUAGAUAGCACAAGUUCAUGCUUGCUUGUAGAGGAGAUUGAAUCAAUUAAGCUCUACCGAAACAAAAAUGAUUCUGUUGUUGUUAUAUUUGUUUUUGUUGUUGUUUAUGUUUUCGACGAGAUCAUAUAGACGUGUUGUGAAGGUAAAAGCCAGUGACACUGAUCAAAAAUUGAUAUUCACAAAUUUUGAUAAAGUCUUGAAUUUCAGAAGCUCAGACAAUCGUCUUUUGUCUUAAGUACGGUACAGUCAAAACCUCAGAUAUGGGCGAAAAAGGCACGAAUGUUGUUCGGCAGACCCAUGGUUUUAAUAAAGUCCAUAAGUGUUUAAAAAACCCUAAUUGCAUUGCUUUGCCAUGAAAAUUUUAUAAUGAUUGUUUGUGCAUGCAACCAUAUGACAUAGGCAAUACUGAAUUUAUUUCGGUUACAGAUGCACGUGCAUCUUGCCUGAGCAGAGGCGGUGAUCUAGUCAGCAUAGUAACUAUGAAGGAGAAGAACUGGUUGAAUAAUAGAUUGCAAGCGGUCAGUGGAUGGACUUAUUCAUUUUGGCUGGGACUGAAUGAUAGAGACUCUCCUAAGCACUUUUACUGGAGUGAUGGAAGUCCUUAUAGAUUGACCGCAUGGGAUGCUGGUUACCCCACAAACACACCACAAAGUGAGUCUGAUUGCUUGGCAUUUUAAAAGGUGGCAUUUAAGAAAAUUAAGAGAUUAAAUAGUGCAUUCAGAUUUGACUGUAAAAUAAAAUGCUCUUAAUCCACGAAACAACGAGAAAUACAGGACAAACAUCCUGCACAACAGAGAGUCUUUCUAUGAAAAAUUAAACAGAAAAGUAUUCACACCAGCUAAGUUGACGUUUGUGCAAGUUUCACAGCAUCAAGCACUUCAGAAUAACGCUGUGUCUAGCCGGUUACGAGCCCUUCACAGGCUUCACGUAUUUUCAAUCUUGGGUGGAGAGAGAGUAGUAAGAGUAAAAUGUCUUGCUUAAGAAAGCAAUGCUUGUGCUUAAGAUUCUUUUUCUCCAAACAGCAAAUUAGAGAAAAAAAAUUUGUUAUUUUUCGGGGUGGCAUCACCUAGUCCAUUAUUUUCCUUAAUCCCUAACUGAGGUUUUCCUUGAUUUGUUCUCUCUUCUAAUUGUAUCUUCCUAGCUCCAAAAGCUUGCGUUGAGAUUGAUACAGUCAGAGGGGCUUGGAGAGAUGUGAGCUGCGGAGAAUAUCGACCAUUUAUUUGCAAAAGGAAAAUGGGUGAGUUCAAGUUCGUUACCAGGUAAAGGCAUUUUACAAAGAGGAUGAGGAAGACUGAAACUAGUAUAAAUUUAGUUUUUCAUAGAGUACGCAUUACUCAUGAUUUCUGAGUAUGCUCUGAUUUAUGCUGAAAUGGUGUGGUGAUAUUUCUUUAUUAAUUCUUUAUUCAUUCUUUUGAUAUUGAUCCCUUUGGAUCAAUAUCAGUAUCUGGGCGACGGCCCACCUACCCCUCCCCUAUCCCAACAUUCACCCUAACUUAUUAUCAAUUGACUGUUGUUGGGUUAGGGGAGUAGUAGGUGGGCAGUUACCCAGAUACUGGUAUUGAUCCAAUUCUUUUAUAUCGCGUAGCAGCCAAUAAUCACCCUUCAGAGCUAUCUUUGAAAUAGCUGAGACAGUAUUUGUUAAAAAUAGUCAAUGAACGGACUGCUAACGGUUGAUAUGUUUUUUUUGUUAUUAGCAAGUGGUGUGAAGACUCCUGUGACUGGAAGUAAGUUUUCAAUCAAUAGCUGUGUAAACUUUGCAAUGUGGGUGACUGAAUUUAUCGCUUAAGUCUGUGUUUUUUUAUUUCAAAGUAGACAUCAGUGUGGUUGGCUUUAGAUUCUCGUAAUAUGUAUGAUGCUUUCCGGACAUUUAACCAUCAUGCAGUGAGAAUUAACCACGGUUCUGACCUGCGAUUCAACCCUAAGCAAUUACUGGAAUCACUUCACAAUAGUUGCCGCACAACGUAAGGUUAUCUAUCGCCCUUGGGGGAUGGUGUUGGGUGGGUGAGUUUGUAGGAUUUGGGGGGUUAUAAUAUUGUUUUCACGCAGAAGGGAGGAGCAAUCAGUCGUUUCUAACAAGAGGUUGGAAAUGGACUAAAGAAUAUUGCAAUAUUUACUGCGAAGUAGGGAGAUGAAAAGAUUACUAGAGAUUCAACUAUUAACUUUUGUGCAGAUGUAUGGAGCCAGCUUAGUAAUGAUAAAAGGAAUGCCCCCACCCUAACUUGUUUUAAGCGCCAAGUUCUAGACGCUAGCCGUAUAAUUUGAUUUUUUCUCCUGUAAGCAUGAUAAUUAUACCUAUUUAAAUCUUAUUUUCCGUAAAUCUUUUAAUUUAUAUACUUUUACUAUUUAUACUGGUACCAUUUAUACUAUUCAUACUAUUUUUACCAUUUAUACUGGUUUCUUAUCUUAUCUUUUUUAUCUAUAAAUGAUGGUAGUUUUUUAGAUUUUAAUCCUCUUUGGAGGACCCUCGUGUAAACCACUCUUUGUAAUCCUGGUAUCCUCAAUAGAGAUCAUUUAAUUAGUCUUAUGGAGGGAUCAGAUAAAUUUCAUGAUAACCUUAAUUGACUCACCAAAUCCUUAGACCCUCUCCUUCCCGGCAAUAAUUAAUGCCCGGUCUCUUAAAGGUUUGGAACUUUAGGCUGGAAAAAAUUUUUAAAGUCAGUGAACGAUAUUUAAACUCGUAGUGUGAGUUGACUCUCAAACAGCCUUAUGUGCAACCAACUAAACUGGUAUUAUAAUGUCUUUUUUAUAUUCUGGGAUAGGGAUUAUACUGCACAACUCAUUACUUUUUUACUGACCUUCAUGAUAGGUGUUUGUACUGAUGUAUAUUUAUGAUUUUUUAAGACUGGAUUAGUGGGACAGAUUACUAUUGGCCGCUCGAUCAAAUUGUCGAUGGGAAGUCGGUUGUUGGAACAGUCCCAGCUAUUGUUCACGGCGAGGUGAAAUCAUCUAACUCGUCUCAAAAUGGACGCAGCGUCGUAUAUUUUAGGGGCUACCAGGCGCAUUUGGAUGCGGAACGGUUUCAAGAUCCCUGCAUAUCGAAUCUAGAUAAGUGCGAGAAUGGCAUCUCUGUCUCAUUUGUUAUACAGUUCGAGGAUGAUGCCAAGACCUGGAAGACAAACACUUUCAUUGUGUACACAUUCGAGGACGUAUUGCAGAAGGGUCGAGGAUUUGCACUUUAUUACGUCAACGGUCAAUUACAUACGGCAGUUAACACUCGGCAAAAGAGGUGGCAUGUUUUUAAACCUUUACAGACGGGCAAAAAUGUAUGGCACCAUGUUAUGUUCACCUGGCAACGCGAAAAGGGGAUUGUUCUCUACAUAAAUGGAAAGAAAAGGUAAGGCUUGCAUCACUUGUGCAAAGAAAGAAAUUCAUUUCUGCAUGGUGGACUCGAACUACUGUCAGAUUUAAAAUAAUGCGUCAUUUAAGUCAAUUAUAGGCUAACAGAGGAAUUAAAAAGAACUUUUUUUGUCUUUGUUUUUAGCUCUUCUUUGUACUAUGGGGUUUCUUCCUCUCACUCUAAAAGUAGCAGUUCAUUUAUUGUGGGAAGCAAGUCCACUCAACCUUUAUCUGGUGGUUUUCGGAUGCGUUCACUGGCAGUUUGGAGAAGGCCGUUGACGUCUCAAGAAGUAAAUCGUAUUUAUCUGGCCGGUAAGAAUAUGUUUUUGCGGUUUAGAUAAAAGGAUACAGUUAAACCUUUAGUAGGCAGACCCAGUGAAAAGUCCCGAUCUAUUCUGUUAUAAUGAAGUGGACAACAAACCUUUAUCCAGGGGUUACCUCUAUCACUACAAGUAAUUGAACAAGAAAUUUGUAAAUAAACAAAUACUCUGAUGAAUUAAAGGCAUGUUGCGUCCUUAUAGAGCAUUUUUUUUUUUUGGCGGAGAGAUAGUUUAAAACAUAUUUUGCGUCUUUUCCACAGAGUUUGGCUCCUGUAGGGUUGGUUGGAAAGACUUUGGGCAGUACUGUUACCAGUUCAAUUUGAACAAGAAAUCGUGGCCUUCUGCACAAAUAUCCUGUGUGAACCAGCAAGCAGAACUGGUCAGCAUUCACUCACCCGUCGAGCAGGCCCAUAUAUCUCUGGAGACAGGACCUCACGGACUAGACUCACCGGCGUGGAUUGGUAAAAGAAAAAUAUCUUUUUUACAAAUCAAAUCAAAUUUGGUGAUUUUGACUGUAGAGUUUGAACAAAUUGUCUGUCAUUCAGCUCCAUUUCUCUCUUACUAUUUGAUUUCUGCAGUUCUCAACACCGGGAAAGAGUUCCUCUGUCAAUUCUUACGUUUAAAUUAUCAUCUCCGUCGUGAAAAUUUCAACUUUGUGAAUCUUUAUUCCCUAUUUCGUUUAUAUAGCGUACUUCUCCUUCAGUCCUCUUUAACCGCUACAGCUUCUUUUUAAGUGGCCCUAAUCCUCUUACGCUUAAUACUCAUAGGGAUGCAUGAUCAGGGAGUGGAAAGUGAGUUCCAGUGGUCUGAUGGGUCAGCAGUUCAAUUCACCUACUGGGAUGGCUGGCAACCUGAUAACUGGCGAGACUCAGAAGAUUGUGCCAAUGUCAGAAAUGUGAACGAUGGCCGCUGGAAUGAUCAGAGCUGUUAUAACAGUUUGCCAUAUAUCUGUAAGAAGCCAAAAGGUGUGUUUCAGAAUCGAAGAGGAUUUUCAAGGACGAACUUGGUUUGUUGCUAAUGCACGAGUAAUUCAGUAUCUUGUGUUAGAUCACCACCACAAACAAACCAUGAAUAUGUCGAUGAAUGGACGUUUCUAACGUGUUGGUAUUCUUGUAGAGAAACGUUUUGAAGUGAGACAGGUUUUUUUUAAUGCAACUGCUCGUAACGUAUAGUCCCUAAAUCUUUAACACAUUUUGUUUCCUAGAGUAUAUCUCACCUCAUGGAAUCAUUGCAACAUCGAGUAAGUAAUUCGAUAUGGAUCUGAGGCUUUGCUUUCAUUUUAUAAGUAACUGAUAAAUUUAGAAAUCUCCAAACCAACUAAUUUUUUUUCAGCUCCUAAGAAACUUUUCGUUUGUGAAAGUACAUCUGCAGUUCUUAGUUGCCCAACAUCUACAGUUUUGUCGAUCAAAUCUGCCACAUGGGGACGCACUAAUACGACCAGAUGUUUUCAAGUGAGCGUUAAACCUUGCAAGCUGAAUGUUACCGCAAACUUAAAUGCUAAAUGUGGAGGCAAAAACCACUGUUCGUUAAAAGCCACCAAUUCAGUACUUGGUGCUGACCCAUGUGGAGGGGGAAUUGCUAAGUAUUUAGAAAUUGACUACAUGUGCCUGAAAGGUAUGUAACACCCAUAGCACAUCAUACGAUAAAUUUGAUAUUUACCUUGAUACAGUAACACGAACGAGUUAAACCUUGUUAGAACGUAUUUUUCUUUCUACUCAUCAUUUUUAAAUCACACUUUGAAGAAAUUUAGUAUUUUAAAUAUUGAAAGAAUGAUGCUCAAAUAUCCAGAUGUGAAGUUUUUGGCGGUAGUUACUGACUCCCUUAGAGCAAUAUUAACAAUGAGUAAAUACAUUUGAACACAAGGAAUACUUGAACGUUACCUAUAACCGAAAAGAUUUACACAUCCUUCAAAGGUUGAAACCCAAUUCUACUCCGUUGACCGUAAAAAUGCCAUCCAUCUUCGGUAGUCUACUACUGCCCUGUAGGGAGAAGAUGCGACGUACAUUAGAGUUCCGUUCAUGACGCUUACUCGGAGUUCUGCUGAGUAUCUCGUACCCGCUUGGUGUGAGAUCGAUUUUGAAGACUUUUGCAUCAGCUAUAGCGGUUUUACACCAGAUGUCUUCAGCCCCGUCGUGAUCAUUAGCAUCCUCUUUGUCCUUUAGAGAUGCUUUAGACACAUUAAAGUAACUCGAACUAACAAAAACCGAGUGGAAGUCUCUGGAGGUGGGGGCUUUCAGCAAUACGAGCAUGGAUUUGUUUCCCUGCCUAGGUCGUUGUAUCCUCAAAGGCCACUGAAAUUUCACUUGAAGUGCACAAUUAACUCAUUUUCUGAAAGCUUAAAGAGAUUACUAGAAAAAUAAGUAAACUCUACUAAAGUGUUAAAACAUGUAGUCUGGGAAAAUUUCCAUACUUAUUUGGGGAAACAAAAUAAGUAGACAAUAUCUCGUGUUAAAUCCGCUUUCUUACUACCAAAAAUUUGGGUUAUCCCUCAGAAAAUUAGAAUAAUUUGUCAUUUUAAUCUCCCAAAACAGGUCCUGAAAAUUCUCCGCUCUGUAAAGGUGGCUGGCAUCUUAGCCCUGAUGGCUCUCGCUGCAUCAGGGUGAUCUUUGAUCGCAAAACUUGGCAGGAUGCGAGAAGCACGUGUAAAACUUAUGGAGGUGACCUAGUCAGUUUCCACAGCAGGUAUUCUAUGAUUAACUAUUAAUAGUCCAUAAACGUAUAUUCUUAUCAUUGAAGGAACACUUUUGCAUAACCUCGAUUCUGUGAAGGAAGGUGCCUUGUGUUGCUUUUGCGCUACUAGAAACUUAGGACUAGGGCUUAAGUUCGUCUUCCAAAGCGUGACAAUCCUCAAUCCUUGUUUGAUCUAUUCAACAUCUUUUGGUAUUUUUCUACCUUGGGAAACUGCUAUUCUAAGAAUCAUUUUUUUCCGACGCAAAUAAACCAAUUUUUUCUUUCGCAAGAACACUUGUGUGGCACAAGGUUAGUCGCUUGUUAGUUCCGAGAAGAAUUCCAAACCAAUGUCUUUUUGUGUUUGCAGCGCAGAGAAUAUCUUGGUGACUUCUCUGUUGGUGGACUCCUGGAACAUUGGAGAGGUGGGAGGAUUAUGGACGGGUCUCACAGAUGCCGGUCAGAAAGGCGUGUACUACUGGUCUGAUGGGUCCAAGCUGGACUACACCAAUUGGCUUAACACUCAACCAGAUGAGAGGAUUUUGGAGGGAAGUUGCGUUCAAGCCACCUUGCAACCCGGUCGUAUGAGCUAUUUGUUCUGGCAGGAUGUGGACUGUAACAGCACACUUUAUUUUGCCUGUGCAAAACCUCCAAGUAAGUAUUUGUCUGCGUUCGAUCAAGGCCAAAGCAUUUCAUAACUUUCUUUACAUUUCCAUGGGACUUUCGGCCAGAACUAGAUUAUACAAUUUUAGAAAUUACCACUAAGAUUUCGCUUAUUUAAAAUCUUGUUUUUACAUUAAAUUCUUAAUUCCCAUUGACGUUGUUUGGGAAUACCUUCCAUUGUUCCACGCAAACGAGUUUUGCGAAUCUUAAAAAAAGUGCUUUAAUGUCGUAGCUUGUGUAGAACCCUUUCAGGUAUUUGGUUCUUUUUUUGACGAAAAUGGAAAACAACGAGUUAUAACGUUGAGGUGUCAGUGGUUCUCUCUGCUGAAUACAAUUACUUAAUUAUCAAGGAAAUAGAAACAUCGAAGAAGAAAAAGACAUAAAAAUGGAUCUCAAAGAAUUCUCUUCAGUAGUUUACAGGAUUAAAAAAUUAAUAGUGUUUUGAUAGUACAUGAUAAGAACAUUUAUGUGUAAUUUUUUGUGUCUGUUCAUUAAUCUCUUUGUUUCAAAUACUCUGCGUUUAAUUUUAACAGAUAGGCAGGUGCUACCCACCAACCUCGUUCCUUCAGGUACGUUUCCGGUUUUGUCUUGUUGAUGUGCGAGUCGUAAAUAGUACAGUAUAUGGAGUCUUAGUUCAUCAUCCAGGUACAGGCCCUAUUUCAUGGAGUUUAACUAAACUGACCAAGUAACCGCUUAGGGAAAUUUGAAGCUGCACUUUCUCCUUGCUAAAUUCAUGGAUUGCUAUUUUUUCGCCAAAGCUUAACUUCAAAGGAGUCGUAGUGAUGUAUCAUGUAAGCCUGCUUAAAUUGUGUCUUUAUCAUAAGAGAGAGUUUGUCCAAUUCAUCAUUUCUAAUGAAUUCGUCAUUUCUAAACUGUUCUAAUCAUGCCCAUCAUUAACAAUCCUCGUGUAUUGUUUAUUCACAUAGUCUUUGCGUUUGUUGAAGAGUGUUAUGUUUAGUAUUUCCUUGUUUUGAAACUUCGGUUCGUUUCGUUACCAUCAUUGGUUUGUAUUUGAUCUCGUUUUCUUUUUUUUUUCAUACAGGACAAAGUCUGACGCGCACGGCAACUCCUACUUCUACGGGUAACACGUUUUCUUCGGUCGUUAAGAUAAGAAUUUUUUGUUUGUUGUUUGCUUGUCUUUUCGAGUUUCUUUACUUAAUCCAAGUUAUCUUAGUUUUGUAAGAGUCCACGGUAAAUCUAUCGGUUAUUGCAAAACAAGCAGUUCAAAGUAGGCGAAGUUAACAGCCCUUUUAAUUGUUUUCAGUUUUUAACUACUUGUGUCCAUCUGGAUGGAUGACAAAUGGCUCAUUCUGUUACAAGUUGAUGUCGCAGAGGUAAGAACCAACGUAAGAUCGGUACCGGGGCAGCAAGUAGUAGAUUGUCCGAUUUUAAUUGUAACCGAUGUUAUUCCUAUAUUGUAGCGUGAUGUAUUCCAAGUAAGCUCGAAGACCUAAGUUAUGGUUCAGCCAUAAACUGGGUAGAUGUCAGAUUUCAAAAGAACCUAAGGUGCCAAGAUAAAAUCAAGUGAUUAUCGAAAGAAAAACCCUGUUUUUCAAAUCCGUUAUGCUGAUCUCCCUUUCUUAUCAUCACAGCAAAACGUGGACUGAUGCAAGAGACACCUGUAGAUCAUUCACUGCAAACUCAGAUUUAGUCAGCAUUCACAGUGUAGCGGAGAAUGAAUUUGUGGCCAGUCUGUUCAGUGGCUUACUGUAUGCAGCUUGGAUUGGACUGAGCGACCGUGGUGUGUUAUAUGGUAGGUUCUCUAUUUUGACUUUUCAAGCAAUCGUCUUUUUCAAUAUGGGUCUUAAAAACGCGGUCUUCAAGACAGGGGCCGUUUACUUUUGAAGCGGGAUUUGGCCACAGUAUCUCGGCUUCGAUUGGUUCCCUCACACUAGGAUAAACCAUUCGCUCAGCUAAGUAAACUUUUCUUCUAAAUUGAAGCACUAGAAGGUUACGUUGCGGGAGCUCAGUGAUAAUGGGAAAUCUAGAAAGACCUUUGUAUUUCCAUCGAUCGAUCGACAAACACUGGAAAUUUUUUCAAUUUACGGUCGGGAUGAUGGGGCGAAUUUCCUGGACUUCUUUUGAUAAACUGCCUCCCGCGAGCAAUGCGGGGACUUUUAUUUGAACGUUUUUCCUUGGUCUGUAGGCUACGUUUGGAGCGACGAAACGCCUGUGCAGUUCACAAAAUGGAACGUGCAGCAACCGGACAGUCAUCAAGGACAACAGCCAUGUGUGGAGAUGUAUUCUACCGGAGAAUGGGGGGACACUGGAUGCUACUCUGUAAAGCAGUUCAUCUGCAAGAUGCCACGAUGUAAGUGCAUUAUUCAAAGUUAUUUACAGAGUAGUUGUUUCUCGCAAAGAUCAAUUUGAUGCUUUUAUACAAUUCAGGCUUGAGAAGUGGAACUGCUUUGAAUACUUUUAAUUUCUUUAUAUAUAUAUACUGUUCGAUUUGAUUAACUUUUAGGUAUCGAUUUAUAAAUAGACGUUGUCACGAUGCUAACAGCAGGUCCAUAGUUUUUACGUUUAUAUUUAUUUUAUUUCAACUAUAAUUACAUUUGAAAGAAGACAAGAAGUUUCAGAGUUACAUUAGUUGGCGUGGUUAAUUGCAAAAGACUGCUUUCACUGGUGCACAGAUAAAAUGAGCCUUGUCGCUAAAUUUCUUGCGGCAUGAAUACUUCCCUUAAAUUGAAGGCGACAAUAGUUUAUCCAAUAAAUAUUCAAUUAUUAUCCAUGAGGGAAUGUUGAUAACCAAGGAUGGGGAAUCAUUAGCAAAUCGUAAACAUUUUGCGUCGAUCAUUGAUUUUCUGUCGUACGUUUAUUCAUGAGCUUUUUCGACUUUUUUGCUCCGAUCGUUUGCUUUCUUUAUCUCUUAAUUUCUUUCGUUAUAGUUUCAAUUUCUUAAUUUCUAAUUUUUUUGCAGUGGUUGUUGUUUUGUUGUGUUUUUUUUUUUAUAACAUUUUUGUGAUUUGAAAAACUGAGGUGAAAAUUGGCCACAUACGCCUGGUAAAUGUUUCAAUCCAUGACACUUUGAUGUUUUAUCAACAGCGAAUAAUAAACCGUCAGCAACAGUCACUCCGACCACACCUGUUCACCAAAGUGAGUUCUUAAGUUUACUGUGGUUCAUAUGAGGAGUUUACAUCGUGGUUAAGUCUAAAAUCCAGUUCCUUUAGCACAAAGUGACUAAGAAAAUUGCUACCUCUCCUGGACUAGUUCAGUGUGGGUACCUUUCCCCACAUCCCCCCCCCCCCCACCAGCACCCCCUAGCAUUUCGCCAGAAUAUCUUGAAAAACCAAUAAAAACAGGUGCGCAAGCCUACAUGUGUCUACGGCUAAGGUGAUGGGAACACCCGUUUAUACUCGUCGUUAGAAAGAAAGGGGCAUGGUAAGACUAAUGUCUUUCUCAAGAACACCACACAAUGACCUGCCAAGGGCCCAAAGCUGGCCCUUCGACGCGGAGUCCGUAAGCCUUGUGAACUCCAUGUUACCACUUUUCCAACUAAAUGUGUUUAUUUACCUCGAUUUCCGAAAGGAGAAAGUUGUUUGAAGUUGUAACAAGGUAUUCCUCUUUUAACAGCCUCAGGCAUUUGCCCUAACAAUACGAUUUUGUGGAAUACAAUGUGCUACUAUUUCGCAAAUGACUCCCAGUCAAGCCGACUCACGUGGCGUGCCGCUCGACAGGCGUGUCAAAAAGAACUGGGAGGAGACCUUGUUAGUAUUUUAAGUGCUGCGGAGAAUAACUUCAUAAAAUCUCAAAUCUCAGGGUAAGUUUCCUUUGAAUUAUUUUCAGAAGUUUUUGCAAAUUAUGAGGUAAACCUAAAAUGCUGGAUUCAAGGACGUGUUCGAUAUUUUGCAAUGUUCUUAGGGUAUUCAAAGUAAAUUCAAAUUUAUGACAGUCAAAAUCUCGAGCCCUGUUACUCAAUUUUCACCCACAAGCAAGCUCUAUCGUUUAAUCAAACUUGAAAGCUGUCACUUGAUCCAUUUGUUACCUGCUCUAUGGUUGUAUUAUUGAAAGAAAAAAAUUACAUCAAGGCCGCGUAAGAGAGGUGUUCCCUAAGGAGAGGGUCAAUCAUAGCAAGUUUACCGACAGAGUUUAGUUUAAUGGUCGUCUAGAAGAAAAGAUGGCUGGCAAUGUUUUGUAGCUCAGGUAAAUUACACUGAAUUUCUCCGCAAAAAGAUACAACGCUUAGACUCCUUCACCAUUUCACUCAAAAAAUUAAUUGUCCUGACAAUAUCCAUAUAUUUUCGCGCAGAAAGGUGAUGAGAAGUUAGAAAAAUAUCAUCCAUGGUCAUUCAAGGAAUAUCCGAUUUCACUCCAAAUUCUCAGACUUUUACUCAGGAGAAAUGAAUAUCUUUAGAGUGAAAGGGUUGGUCUCACUCCUCUUGUAUGCGCACGCACUUUAUGGGUGUAUUUUUUUCAUUUAAAAGGCACAGUAGUAACGCUCUUUGGAUUGGACUCAAUGAUCUCGGAACAGAAAGCAGCUACCAGUGGAGCGACGGUUCGCCAGUAGUUUAUACAAACUAUGGAUGGAAAGAACCAAAUGAUUAUUACGGCCAGGAAGACUGUUUGGAAAUUGUAAAGCCUGGUUAUUGGAAUGACCAUCAUUGCAGUGUCCUGCGGUCGUACAUCUGCAAAACGACAAAUAGUGAGUUUCCUAGUUGUCAUAAGUUGUCACUGUAUGGUGGACUUGGACAUAAGAUAGAAAAUUUAAGUAGAAUUUGCAAGUGAUUCCUCUCAUGGACAACUCAUAGAUAAUUUGUUGGUCAGCUUAAAAGUCCCUCGAUUGAAUAAAAAGGAUAGAAUGAAACUAAAAGUCGACUGGAUUAUUCUUUUUAGGGCCAACUUUGAAACAGUACUUCCUUGCACUAAGGAAUUUAUAAAGUUUAUAAGCUAGAUCACAAACGCACGUCGGAAUGAAAAUGUUCUUGGUUGUGAUUUGUGAAAAUCAGAAUUCCUGACUUGUUUUAGCUUUUUAUGUUUUUGUUUUUGUGUACAUUUUUUUUUCAUUAAUUCUGACGCAUAUGUUUUUUUGGAUCUUCGAUUUCGCUUAUUUUGAGCUUGUUGAACGGUUGCAUUUGCUGUUUGUUGUUCUUCUUGAUGGUUUUGUCGAUAUGGCUGACAGAUGAUCAUGAUUUGCGACCAGAAUUCUGUUUAUGACACUCAUCUUGUUUACACGUGCAUCGAGGAAAAGAUUGGGAACAUUACAAUAUUCCCAAUGUGUGUCCAAACGAUCUCAAUUGAAAUCGUACACUUACCAUAUGCUAAUCAUAUGUUUUUUUUUCUUUCAGAUUCCAGAAUACAAGCUUUGACUACGUCCCCUCCUGACCAAUCGCGUCCUGGCCGAUGUAAGUAUUUCUGACAACAGUUACUGCUGCCAUGUAUUUUUUCUCUUUGUAAGUAUUGUUACUUCGCUAUUGCAUGCGUCAAGUCGCUUGGUUACUAAGUUUUGGAGUGCACGCGUCGGUAAAUCCGAAAAGAACGAGAUUUUAUCGUUUCCUGGCCAUCUCACUUUUUGGUCAAUGAAAGAUUCCUACAAAUCUUCCGGUCCUUCUCCAGAGGUCAAGUCGACAGAUUCCGAGGCGUGAGGAAAAUUACGUGUUGUAAGGAUGCAUAUCGCAGUAGAAAGAGGUACCCUAACUGAUUUUAAUUUUCUGUGAUAAAGCACAUGGCAGAUGUAAAGACGGCUGGGUAAACUAUGACAAGCGCUGCUACCGCAUUGUGUCAGAUCCUCAGCUAUCCUGGGAGAACGCAAGAGAUGUAUGUCGGAAGGGACUUAAUGCCAAUGUGAACGGAGACCUUGUUACUGUGAAUGAUCAGUAAGUACACUUGUGUUAAGUUAAUGACCAAAUUUCAAUUGAUUUCGUGGAAAAAAACACAAACAAAAGUGGACACUUCGUUAAAUGUUGAACCUUUAAGUGAAGCUACAGCAGAUCGAAACUGUACCUAUUUCAUGUUGCAGAUACGAACAGGCAUUUUUGACAACUAUGCUUCUGGGAAAGAACGACAAUUUCUGGAUUGGCUUUAAUGACAAGCAUGUGGAAGGCAGCUUCUUUUGGACAGAUAAUAGUCCUCGUAAAUACACCAACUGGAAUGUCAAUGAGCCAACGGGCUACGGCUGGAACAAGGAUUGCGUCGACAUGACGUCCAGUGGAGAGGCAGGAAGAUGGGGAACUGCGCAGUGUGACCAGAAAAAAGGGUUCAUCUGUGAGACAGGUUUGUAAUACAUCAAAAACUUGAUCCAUUUUGGAUAAGAAACUAAAGAAGAUGGAAGAUUGUUGACUGAAAAUGUUUAAACAAAAGUUUUAUCAUUUUCGGCCCAAUGGUUCUAUCUUUCAACUCCUUUACUCCAAAAAUGAAGUUCUCCUUUAAAGAUUAAAGCAUUUGAAGCAAAAACGUGAUAGUAAGAAAGAUAGGUAUCGAUGUAGCACUAAAUUCUUAGGGUUGUUUGAUACACAAAGAGAAUUUAACUGGUAUAUAGAUAUCAAAAAAUGUGGACAUGUGUAUUUGUAGUUGGUUUUGGAAAUGUUUCACAUGCAAUGAAAAGUCUUAGCCCACAUGCUCUCAGCACCAUGUAAACCACUAAGAUCAGCCAUGGGUUUUUAGGAAGGGAAGAAUGGUGAGUUAAGGUCUCGGGAAAUGAUGAUCCUAAAGGAAUUCUGGUUGUGUUAGUUACCUCCUUUGCUCAUAUGUGCUGAUUUAGAUUCUCUUUUUCCGCAGGAGCUGAUCAAAUCUCAGCGAAUGGUGAGCUUGCUAACAACGAUUUUUUUUAAUCGUAUGGGCGGACAAUUUUGAUAACAAAAUACUUUGGCCAUUUGGGAAUAAUGGCGGAAACAGCCUUAAUCGCAGUAUUUUUCAAAGUUCCCUAUCACCCCCACCAGCGGCAAAUUCGAAUGACGCAGUUAAACUCUCUUUCUCUCUCUUAAAUUGAAAAAAUUCCGUUCGCUUCAGUGAUCUGUUGGAAAUUGAAUCCUGAAAAUUAUUAUUGAAAACGAACUUGAAAAUCAAAUGAUUAAAAAAAUAAAAAUAGUGAAAAAAUAUGAAGAAAAUUGCACUCUAUUUAUCUUAGCCUCCAGCUUUGGCAAAGACUUGACCUACUUGCCCCUGAAAAUUUACGAUAGUUUGCUCAACCUCUUUAAAUGAUAAGGAAUAUUGAAACAGUUCAAAACAGGUAGGUUAUGUUGUAAGUGCGGAAACAUCGGAAUAAUAGAGAAAUCGAUCGUCUUAAAAGCGAACGUUGACCAGACCUGGUUUUGUAGCCCACUCACCAGUGUCUAGUGAAUGGGCAUCGGUUCUAAGUAGACUGCAUUCUUACUGGAACACAAAUAGUUUUUAGCUGUAGAGAUUUUCAUGUAAUUAAUGAUUGAUUUUUUUUCCGCUCCAGCUCCACCCGGUAACACGUCUUGUCCUCCAGGGUAUCUUCCCUUUGGUAGCGACUGUUUUAAUGUGUCUUACGUCCCGAUGAGCUGGAAGGAAGCUCUUAAAUUCUGCCAAGACAGGAUGAAUGGUAGCGAUUUGAUGAGCGUUCACAAUUCGUUUGAACAGGGUAAAGUAUACAAAGAAACCAAAACCCAAGUUCAUUCUCAGAUGUCCCUACGAUCACAGAGCUUUUAAGUGUUCAUGGCGAAGUUGUCACGAAAGUGGACAUAAGGCAUUGAAAUUCUAAGCAGUAUGAUAAUAACUACACUUAAGAAGCUACAACGUUUUCACACUUAUCUUCAAAGACAGUAGUUAGUAACAGUUUUCUUCCUGAGUUGCUAACAUUUCCCACUUAGGGUGUACCUCGCAAAAUUGAUUAGCAGACGCAAUUGCAAAGUGGCUUUCGCUCUUGUGUGUUUCGUGCGCAAAGUGAUUGUGGGAUACUGAGAGAUAAAUUAAACGUACAAAUAUCAAGCCUCGUCACACUUUUCCCUUUCAGCAUUUGUCGUCAUGAAUUUAAAAGAUUUCCAAGGACGCUUUUGGCUUGGUCUCUCUCGUGAAGCUAAUUCUAAAGACUUCCAAUGGAGUGACCUUUCAAUGAAAACCUAUACAAACUGGGCUGCGAAGCAACCAGAUGCCCCAUAUGGCCAGAAAACGUGCGUUGUCGCUAGUAAUUCAGAUGCUAAUGCUGGAGGUUGGAGUGACGUCAAUUGCUCGGAAAAAAAUGGAUUUAUCUGUAGAUUACGAAGGGGUAAGAUUACUAGAAUUAAUCUCAUUAAUACAGACUUUUCAUACGGGCUCAAAACUUACCAUCUCUCUCAUUCAAUCUACAAACAUGACGCUAUCGACAUUGCUAAUCCUAGCAGUAUGCAGGACGCGUGUUAUAUGAACUUCGUAAUAGACUUCGCUCACCGUAGAGUCUCUGUGGCUCAGUGGUAGAGCAUCGGAGCGCGGAAUCAGAAGGUCUGAGGUUCGAUUCUUCACGCGGACUCAGCAUUUUUUCUUUAUCUCACGCUCACGAAAAGACGAAAAACAUCUUUCUCUGUGGAAUCUAUUUGUUGAGCCGAAGUAAGGCAAAAAUUUUGCUCCGAACAUCGUUUUCUUGCGGUGACUAAAGGUUUACUUCUGGCGACCAUUUUAUGAAUUCAGAUCGCAAAAUGGCGACUUCGAAUAACACUUAGGUUUCCUCUCUAUUUCAUGAUUCUAAAAUCUAUGUGACUGUCAACUAUUGAUUGCGUUACUUUUCAAAUUGUUACUUGCAGGCGAACCGCAUGUGUCACCUCCAUGUAAGUAUUUCAUAGUUAGUGUUUUAUCUAAAACCUUUUACCCUAAGAGUGACUAGUAUCCAACUUCUCCGUACAGUAUCACUCCUGAAUCACAGAAUGAAGUCACAAGAAUUAAGGAAAUGAUCAGCAACUAAGGAAGCUCGUGAUUGUUAAACAAAGUCUCCUUGUUAGGACAUUGGCAAUGUCUAGAGAGGAGUAUGGAGAAUAUCUAUGCGGAUAUUAAGGUGUAAUACAUUAACAGUGGGGCGUAAUACAAUACAGUAGAUGUACCUCUAACGAGCGGUGACUUUAAGGAAACAUCUUGUCAGAUUAUGUUUAUGAAAUUAGCGGGUAUCAACCCGAUAUUAUCGAACAAUACAAUAUCUACAUAUUUGGCUUGAUACAUUCGUUGGUGAGAGGACUGCACCAGUAUGAUGGGAUGGUCAUAGAUUCAGAUCCUGUUCAAGUCCAAAUUUUUUUCCAACCAUUAUUCAUUUUCGUGGCUAAUUAAGUUGUGUGUAUAACAGCGAUGUUUUUCUCCCAUUAAUCUACCAACAAUCAGCGUCAAAAAUGUUGAAAUAUUACUAUAGAGAUCGAAAUAAUUUCAAAUAAUAUAUUUAUUCUAUCCGCAAUAUCCUAACUAUCUUUUUCUCUCUUUUUUUGUGCAAUUUGGAAUUUUGUACUCUGUGGAGUAAAUGUUACGAGGUGCAUUUCAUUUUAGAAAUUUCUUCCCUUAAGAGUCCUUACUAAAGUUAAUUUUCGCGACGAUUUAUAUAAAACACAACUUUCAAGGGGAAUCUUAGUGAUUCAAGGCUCACGGUCGGAGAAGACGAGUACAAGAGCGAACGUAUAAAAAAAUUUGCCCAGCCCUCUCUCUCUCGUCUUUUUUCGCUCGUUUCCACCAACUGUUACCCCUGGCGAAGGCUUUAUCACCCGGGGCGAUCUAAGCAUUCAAAAGAGGCCGAAACUGGCAUAUUUGGCGUUGUUUGGAUUUUUUUCCAGUGGGUGUGGGGGGCACUUUUUUUGAGAAAUAGGUAAGGCAUUUGCUCUGUUAGCCCCUUGUGUAUGUAGGCCUGUGUACUCUAUAUUUCUCAUAUUAGAUUUCUCUUGAUAUUCUAAAGAUUUUUUGUCAUGGAGACUACCUCCUUUUUUCUCAUCGGUUGUUCUUCGCAUGGGCAUUAAAGUCCCUUGGUAAGAAAAUGCAAAUAAAGUUAAUCGAAUUAUUUCGAUUUUGUUUCAAGUGCUCGGAAGCUGCCCCACUGGAUGGGAGAAAUUUGACAAGCACUGUUACCUUUUCCGAGACAGUGACUUGCAGCCAUGGGCAGCUGCAAGAUUCAAGUGUUUAAAUCAGGGUGGAAAUCUUGUGAGCAUUACAUCAGAGCAGGAGCAAGACUUCAUUACUUUCCACUAUCGACGGAUUUCUGCUGGAAAAAUCUGGAUUGGUAAAUAUUCAUCUAUUGACACCACGCUAAAAAAAAGUGUAAUUAUACGUUCGCGCAACUUUUAAAAUAUAUUUUUUAGCCGGCUUACUCAGCGCAUUGUUUACUUAGGAUUGUGAUACACUUGAGACUACACGAUUAUGAAUCGUGUGGUCUCGACCGUUUCUGAAAAAAAUUGUUAGAAUUCCUUUUGUUUUUAAAAAAGAAGUUGUGGACGAUUCAUUUAGCCCGAGAGUCCUGGUAAACAGAAUCUCAUUUAGUUGGAAGCCUUCUAUAACCCACUCAUUGAGUUUUAUCACUGUUCAGGUUUGAAUGAUUGGUCGCUGGAGAGAGGAUUCACAUGGAGUGAUGGUAGCCCUGUGACGUAUCUUAACUGGUUACCCGGUGAGCCAAAUGACAAGACUGGUAUGGAGAAUUGUAUUGAAAUGUGGCCACCUAGUAGAGGAUGGAAUGACCAGUCAUGUGCUGAUAGACGGGGCUACAUCUGCAAACAGCCUCUAGGUAUAUAAUCUCGGUAUUUUUUCUUCUCUUUUCUUGGUAGUUUCAUUAAGCUUGAUGCUCUCUGAUGCGGUUUCAUACAUGAAAUCAAUCAAAAGUAUCUCUUUUCCCCGUUCGGUGCGGGGAAAUAAACACUCUUUCUUUCCCCCCUACGUUCCUGUCAUGCUUCCAUUAUUAGAAAUUAAGCAUUGAUUUUACCCCAGGGACUUCUAGACGCCUCCCCACCCCACGGCCUAAUUUAUGUCAAGAAAGAAACGCAGCUGUUAUCUCAACCCCCGUUUAGUUCCAUGAAAUAGCUUGCUGGGUGACCAACUCCUCAGCGGUCAACUAAUUGCUUCCGUGAAUGUAGCGCUAUGUUCCUCUUUUUGAAAACGCUCUCUGUUGUCUGUUCUUGUACUAUGUGCCUGUCGUUAACAAUGCAACCCGCGCUGAUGUCGGUUGCUUUACGAACAAUUUCCAUGCACAAAAUUAAUAGCCGUUGCGAUUCAGAUUAAUCCCAUUUCUACUGGGGUUAAAGUGAUCACAGAGUUAGAUUGAGAGGCGAGUCCACGCCUGCAGCAAGUGGCAAGAAUUGAACUAUUAAAGUCUACCUCCUAGCUGUUUGGAAAAAGUCUAAAAAAGGUCUCAUUUCUUGUUAUUUAAAGAUACUUUUUCAACAUUAAGAUUUAGAAGAUACAUAAAGGAAAUCAUGUUUAAACUUGAUCGUCCCAAAUCUACCUUUAAUUUCCCUCUAGAAUGUUCUGCAGCUCUAGGCAUGAGUAUUGGUGCCAUCAGCAAAAGCCAGAUCACGGCUAGUUCUAUGUUGGCAUCAUAUGGUCCGGACAUGGCCCGGCUAAACUCUAUGUCAGCUUGGUGCGCCAAGGCACAAUCUGGGCAGUACAUCCAGGUGAGAUGCGUGUUUUUUAAAACAUGGUGUUUGAAAUGGUUUUAAAAAAUAUGAUUGAAAUUAAAAGUGGAGACGCUAAUUGCCAAAAACCACCAUGGGCACAGAGACACUGUAGCUUCGGGCCAGGAAUUGAAAGUCUGAGAAAAUGAAUUUCAAGGUCGUGAAAUUUUAGUAUGGGUCAGUGAAAACUUAAUAGGUGAUAAUAAGUCGGGGAAAUCAACAUCGUAGCACUAUUACUCUUUCAUUUUCCCAAAUUUCAGCUUUUCAGUUAAACCCAUCAGUGGCCCCUCGGGGUUCCACAGUAGUUAUCGAAAUUUUUGACGCUAUUGUCAACAUUAAGAGUUUAAAAUGGAAAAUUGUGAUCAUUUUCUUUUGCAAGAGCAAGGAAACCGUACGAUGUAAACAGAGCUUAAAGACGUCCAGACUUCGCAAACAUAUCUGUGAUAACUAUUUUUUCUUUCAGAUUGAUCUGCUUACUGAAACCCGCCUCAACAAAAUUGCUCUUCAAGGCUUCACUCUCAAUGGAAUACCCAGCUUUAUAAGGACGUUUACACUACAAACAAGCGAGGAUGGUGUAAAUUAUGAGACAUACCAAAGGAAUGGUCGAGAUGUGGUGAGGUUUUACCAUACCUAUUGAUUCUUCUAUUUGUCUGGCGCCAAGCAAGUGAAGAAGAUGAUUCUUCUAUUUGUCUGGUGCCAAGCAAGCGAAGAAGAUAAUUCUUCUAUUUGUCUGGUGCCAAGCAAGUGAAGAAGAUGAUUCUUCCAUUUGUUUAGUGCCAAGCACUUGAAGAAUAUGAUUUUUCUAUUUGUCUGGUGCCAAGCAAGCGAAGAAGAUAAUUCUUCUAUUUGUCUGGUGCCAAGCAAGUGAAGAAGAUGAUUCUUCUAUUGGUCUGGUGCCAGGCAAGCGAAGAAGAUAAUUCUUCUAUUUGUCUGGUGCCAAGCAAGUGAAGAAGAUGAUUCUUCCAUUUGUUUGGUGCCAAGCACGUGAAGAAUAUGAUUUUUCUAUUUGUCUGGUGCCACGCAAGUGAAGAAGAUGUAGUAGACCUAGUAGCUCCAGAGAACCAAGGGAUUUUUGGCUCCAGGGACAAAAAUUAUUUUAAAAACGGAAGGACAUGUUUUAUCAUAUUCUUUUCUGACGAGAAGUGUGAUUGAUGAAAAGCCAAGAUCUACCCGCAUUGUUUUGACCAGAAUCGUAAGAAACUCAAUAACGUAAGCAACGCAUUGGAAGGGUAAUGCAGAGAAUAUUUUAUCUUUUUAUGUGAUCUUUGUCAAACACGUGUAAUGUUCAUAGGAUUUUUAUUGAAGACGUAGUAAUAUUUACUCGCGCGAACUAGCUGUUAACUGGAUGACCGAUAAUUUUUUGCCCUGUAGGUGUUUCCUGCAAACCACGACGCCAAUUCUGUGGUCACUAAAUCUGUUAAACCAACAGUUAAUACACGCUUGAUAAGAAUAGUACCAAGCUCUUGGACCGGCUCUUUGUGUAUGCGGAUGGAACUUUAUGGCUGCCCGAUUGGUAUGAGCUGAUAUGAUAGGUUUUUACUCAGUAAGGACCCAGAUUCUUACUUGAAUCAAACAUUAGUAGCGGAAUAAGAAGUGGUGAAAUAGUUCUAAACGGCAAAGAAGAAUAAGAAAGCAACUAGAGUAGGAAGGCUUAAAAAACAUGCAAAGAAACAAACAAGCGAAUAAAUAAGCCAAUCUUUGCGAAGAAAAACAAUAGAAUAAGGUAAUAUUCUUGUUUCCAAAUUUAUUCACACAUCCCUUACUAUUUAUAUAUUUGCAGCUUGUCAAACCCCUCUUGGGAUGCAGUCUGGGUCCCUCAAUGAUACAUCUCUUUCAGCUUCAUCGACGAAAGACAGCUCCCAUAAGGCUGCCAACGCUCGCCCGUUUCGUGCAGUUGGGUGGUGCGCAAAGGUAAUGUCAUUCAUUCUUUCCCUUCUCUACACUUCUCCCAGAAUUUGAUGUGAGCCUUUUUCUGCAAGGCUACACAAGGCCUUAUUCAGCCAAGUCUCGCUUACUUGAUCCAGUGGAUACUUCAUAUCAUUAUGUGCUUUUUGAAUUAUCGUGAGGCUGCUCAUCCAAAGCGUGGUUAAGUUGUGUCCUUCUGAUAUGCGAGAGAAUCAUGCGGUCUCUUGUUUUCUUCUUUAACUUAAAUGCCUAAAACAAACAGCUGCAAAUUUUGUUCAGUGUUUUAAUUUACGCAGUUGGUUAGACUUAUGGUGCAAAUAUAAGAAAAUAUGUAGUUCUGGGAUUUUAGGCAACCAAAGUAUGUUUAUAACAAGUACUGGUACAUUUUUUAUGUGCAUUUACCAGAUCGUUUAGAUACUCUUUCUUCGUUGGAUCAAAGGGUUUGGCAACCGUCAAUCGACGAAAGAGGGCUUUUAAAUUGAAUAACUUUAUAUAAUGAAAUUUAAGCAACUCAGUGAACCAAUUAGAACUCAAGUCAAACACGGCUGAAAAGCGCCAUGCACGGGGAAACGCCAUAUGGUUUGCGACUUAUUUUUAUUGGGAAGUGCUCGUAAGCUUCUUGGAUAAAAUACAGGGUGAAGUCGUUUAUCUUCGUUAUUUUUAUAAAGUAUUGACGAAAGAGAGUGGACAUGUAUAUAACCUCGUCUGUAUUUUCCUUUGCAGAUUUUAGAUAAACAUCCUUGGUACCAGAUUACUUUUCCAGGCUGGGAAAGGAAGAUUACAAAAAUAACCACGUGGGGAGGGGGCAGAGGGUCAGGGUUUGUCAGUGUGUACAGUCUAAAGUCCACACGUACGCUUGACGUAGACAUCACUGUUUGGUCAGACUACCAGGAAGGCGGAAAAACCAGGGUCAGAGACUGAUGUGACUUAUGUUGUUAAAAAUAAAAAACGGUAGUUAUUGGUCAAUGAAACUGCAAAUGGUUGAAUUAGUCUUUACAACAAAUUUAUAGAAAAAGAAACCAAUUAGACUUAAAACUCUUCGAUUUUCCGUUUUAAAGGUUUCGUUUUUGUGGUAAAUUAUUAGCUUAGAACUGUGAAAUUUUAUAACUAGUAUAACAUUUAACGUCAAAAACAUUUUACGUGAUUAAUAUUAUGUCACUAUGUUCUGGUAUCACAGAAUUUCCGAGGCAACCAAGACGCUGUUAAUCCGGUGUCGCACCUCCUGGCAGAACCAAUCAUAGCGGAUGCAUUGCGCAUAAAGCCGCUGGCCUGGUCGUCAAUUGGUGCUUGUCUACGCCUUGAAGUCUUUGGAUGUGAUAAAGGUGAGUUUUCUUUCUUAAAAUGACUUGUCUUUUUCAACGCAACUUUGAUAAUGAUGGCUUGCUGAGCAGGAAAUCCAAACCUUCGUUUAGUAUAGAAGGUACUGACUUAAUAUCCCGUGAACAAACAUGGGAAGUUACAAGCCUUAUCAGUCCCUUAGAGACUUUCCUGUCAUUAAUCAAACUUUUUCUUGUUAACUAAACUGGGUGAUGAGUCACUGCGAAGUUUCUCUGCGGCAAACCCUUCCGUCUUUAUGAUUAUCUAACUAAGUCAGUGCGAAUUCCAUCAAUUGAAAUUUGCGACACUUCUCGUUACCUACAAGCGCGAUGCUUUUCUAACGAAAUAAAAUUCCUGCCUCUCGAGUCAAAUUGUCGCUGACCUGUCCCACGUCGUGUCGCAUACAAAUACUAGUCUACCCACCUCCCCUACCCAAAGGUCCUUUGUCACGUGCUUAGUCUGCCUGCUGGGUUUUUCUAAUUGGUAGAGACACGGCUCGAUCUUUCUUGUCAAACUUCUCUUAUUUUCCAGGAUGCAACUCUGCCCUCGGUUUAAGGCAGGGGAUCAUCAAAGACUCAGCUUUAUCAGCGAGUUCAUCAUUAGACGAGGCCCACUUGGCUAAUAAGGGUCGGUUAAAUGGAAGUACUGGGUGGUGUGCAUCUGAUAAUUAUAGAGAGAGCUACUUUGAGGUAAGUAGUUUCCCCAUAGUUAUUGUUCACUGAAGUGGAUAUAGGUAUCCAUCACUUUCACCUGCACUGAGGAGAAUAACUAUUUAAGUUUAUACCUCACAGAAACCUUUGGCUGGUCGGAGAUCAAUAGUACUUGCUAAUUACUUACAAACCAGCCAGUUAGCGCACGCAAAAAUACUAUUCGCCUAUGUGGUAUAUACUAAUAUGUGAUGUCUCCCGGUAAUUGUCAAUUCACGUUCCAACGAUUGUCUCUUUUUCGUCUCUGGAAAAUGCUUCGUAGGAAGAAAAAAUUUACCUCACCAGUUCUUAUUUGUUGUCUCGUUUCUUCCCAUUUCAAGGUUGACUUCGGAGUUGCGAUGAAAGUAAGCACCUUAGCUAUACAAGGCGCUGAAGAUGGUAAGGGGUAUAUCAAAAGUUACAUUGUGAAUACGAAAGACUAUGUUGAUGGACCAUGGACUCAAUACAGGCAGAACGAUAAGACUAAGGUGGGUAAUGUGACGUAAGUGAGCGUCUUGAUCUGAAUUUUAUACCAUAUCAUUGAUUUUUUGUGAAGGAAUAUGGAGUGUUCUGCAACCUCCGAAGUGUAUCACACAUAAAAAAACAGGAUCAUUGGAUAAUGUAGUUCAAGACUUUUUAAUUGGCUUAACCAUCAUUGGUUAUGAGCUAUUAUACCGUACGCGCACAUGAAGACGAGUUCCACCGAAAGUGGUUUUGUACACUAUAUCAUUGCGUUUUUUCUUACAAAAUAAAGUUGAGAAGAUGUAUCUAUAUUUCGGGACGUUUUUUAUAAAACGAUUAUCUCACUCGCCCUUGUUGGAUAUGAAUGAGAUGAUUGUCAGCAACUCUACUGGCCUCGUUGGCCAUCUAUCAUCUCAUAUCUAACGCGCGCUCGUAAAAUGAUUGUUAAAUAUCACAAGGCAAAUAGUUAUAGAUAUUGUACAGAUUGUUCUUAGACACAAAAAUGGAACUGUAAAGGCUAGAUUACGAUAUUGGAUCAACACCACACGCAAGAGAGAGGGUGCCUCUUUACCAGCGUCAGAUACUUGCCUUUGCCAUUCCUUUGCCAUUCCAUUGCCAUUCUUUUGGUUGAUGUUGUCAAUUAAGACGGAAAGUUUACGUUACACAAUAUUUUAGGUCUUCUUGGCAAACGUGGAUUUCUCAUCAAUAGUGAAGAACUCAUUCCCUUCUGGUCUGCGGGGAAGGUAUAUCAGGAUAAGGCCAAAGACAUGGAGUGAUCGACCGUGUCUCCGUUUAGAAUUGUAUGGCUGUAAGAGUGGUAGGUACACCUAAUUAACUAUAGAUAUCUCUUUGCCAAUUACGAUUACUAUAAAGUUGCAAGCAAAAUAGGCAAUGGUAGAUAAACUGUUCAAAAUUCAAAAUGAUGAUACACAAGGCGCAGUGGAGGAGCCAAACCAUUUAUACCGCCAAGUAAAUCAAUUGAUUUGCAGAUCUUCAGAUUUUGAUUUCUAAGGCUUCGACGCCACUCGGUUAUUUUGUUCCCCACCAGUAGUUAGUGGCAACCAACGUCAAACUAAAUAUAUUUACCUACGUGCAGAUACGUCUGUGAGUAGCAAAUAUUUUUGCUCGUUUGUUACUUACUCUAUGGGUCUUACUCCUCUUUCUAAUCCCAGUACGGUACUUAGUUGAACUUUCUCCGUACCACCAUGUGACUAAACAGUCUCCUGUCCCAUGUCCCAAACGAGAGUUUGAUGGGACAGCUAUAUUCAGGGGACUGAAUUAAGGUGCUAGUACCCUUCAGAUGGGAUGAACAACUUUUAAAAUCAAACUGGUGCUCUCGUGUAAGUAAAAACAUGCAGUUACCGCGGAGACUUUCUGCCGUGUGCAUCAUUGUCGAGAGAAGCAGUUGCCUUAUAGCUAACUUACUGAACACUCCGCGGUCUGGGUGGAUCAUUCUGUUGUGUUCUUUCGGCAAGGUCCUCUAGAUACCUUUUUCCAACCAUGAAUAUAUCCGAGUACAAGUUAACUAUCAAGGGGAAAUAUAUGAUGGAGGAAGGGCAUAAAUAUCCUUCUUAGUUUUUGUCUCUUUAUGCUACAUCAACUGGGAUGAGGUACGAUUGGUAUGCGGCUCAGUCUCAAGUAGACAUUAACUUUAGUUCUCCACAAUAUCACCAUCUUUGUUUCCACUAAAUGCUACUGUUGAUGUGGUUAGAGUUGAUUUGCAGCGGUCUGUUUUGUUUGUUCACUUUCAGAUUUGCAACCAACUAUUAUUCCAUCAGUGAGUACAACACCAUCAGCAGGUAAAUACUCUCUUUAUGUAGAGAAUGUGCAAAGGAUUGCAAAAUUGAUGUAUGUUCUACAACGUUUUCAGAAGUUUUCGUAAUACUUCGAAAGAAGUGAAAAUCACCUUCGAAAUCAUAUGGAGAAUUAAUAUGCACACGCAACAUCAUUUUCAGAAUCACUCGAUGAGUCGUCGUUGGCACAAAACUUCCUGAAUAGAAUCAUAAGUUAAUGGGAUAUCAGGAGGAAUUGUAUUCGUUGCAUUUGUCCUCCGAUUUCUUUAAAUCCUGUUAAUUCACGGGUCAGAUUUUUAGGAUUAGUUAAAGGUUAGAACUGAUGCGGACUUUCCAACAUUUGUCUGUGAACUUACACCGCAGAGUCACUAAACUACCAGAAAAUAAGACAAGUCAAACUUUCACUGUGCUGGUAAUCUGAAGACUACAACGUUUACUUUUCAGUUCUAACGUAUAGAGGCUCAGUAAAGUUCUCCAACAAGACAUGGACCGAUGACCUCCAGAAUUCUGAUAGCAAAGCAUUCAAGACUCUCGCAAGGAAGAUAGAAAAAUCGGUACAAACUAUUUUGGCCAGUUUUAAUCCAUUGCUUUCAAUGUUCAUAUAUUUAAGUCUAGACUACUAUAUUCUAUUGUGUGCCACUUUGAUAAAUUCCUGUAUGAUAAAUUGAGACGUCAUUCCGAUCGCCUUUUGCCCUCUUUAUUUUUGUUAGAUUGCUGACUUGUACAACGACGAUAAGAACGAUGAAGCAUCAAAAGCCUUCUUGAAUGUUACAAUAACCGGAUUCAGGUAUAUUGUGGCUUUCCACGAAACACGUGCGAAAUAAUUGAACAAAGUUCCGGCCACUUCUUUGUUUAGUUCUGGUAUCAUAGAAUCUUGAAUAGGAUAUUGAAAUCUCUCUGUAUUACUUAAUUUCAAAUUGUUCAUUUUGAACCCUCGCGAAAGCCCCUGUAGCUGUAGGCCCGUCUAGCUGUAGGCCUAUUUAGCUGUAGUCUCGUCUAGCAGUAGGCCGGUCUAGCUGUAGGACCCCUUAGCUGUAGGUCCCUGAAGCUGUAGGCCCAUCUGGCUGUAGGCCCGUCUAGCUGUAGGCCCGUCUAAAUGAAGGCCCGUCUAGCUGUAGGUCCCUCUAGCUGUUGGCCCUUCUAGCUGUUGGCCAGUCUGGCAGUAGGCUCCUCCAGCUGUAGGCCCCUCUAGCUGUUGGUCCGUCUAGCUGUAGGCCCUUCUAGCUGUAGGCCCGUCUAGCUUUAGGCCUGUCUAGCUGUAGGCCCGUCUAGCCGUAGCUCUCUCUAUCUGUAGGCCCAUCUAGGUGAAGGCCCGUCUAGCUUUAGGCCUUUCUAGCUGUAGGCUCCUCUAGCUGUUGACCCGUCUAGCCGUAAGAUCCUCAAGCUGUAGGCCCGUCUAGCUCUUAGCCCCUCUUGCUGUUGGCCCGUCUAGCUGUAGGCUCUUCUAGCUGUAGGCUCCUUUUCUUGUAGGCUCGUCCAAUCCCUUUUACGGGCUGAGUAACAUCCAAAUUACUUUCAUACGGAAUGUUUCUGAAAAAAGUAUGAGAUCCUGGGAUUUAAGAUCUUUUCCUUUUUUCUAAUCUGGUUCAUCAUAAGCCUGUUUGGAAACUAAUUUUCCUUUUCCCUAUUUUAAAUUUUACUCCGCUUACCUCCCCUUACACUUUCCUCUACUGCUACGAGACUACUUUAAAACAUUUUAUUUAAUGCUCGUAAUGCCCGCAUAUGUAGCAUUCCAAAGAUCAAUGGUGUCCUCAAAAUAUUCUUGAAUCGUAGUUAGCGAAAAAACAUGAACGCGUUAUAAAUGUUCAAGUCUUCGUUAAUUUCUGUUUCUGUCUUUCGUUGUAGUCGUGGCAGUAUUAUUGCUAAGUUUAAGCUGACGUUUUUCCGGGAUAUUGCUAACAAUCUUGGCGCUAAUGUGACCAAGAAGCUAGUUGAGGCUGUGGACAGUGGAGAAUUAGCAGGGUUGGCCGUUGAUCAAUCAUCUUUAAUUAUCAAGAUAGAAGAUGGUACGCUAGCCCUUCAGUUGUUCUUUAACAUUGCUCUGUAGCAGAGCUAUGCUCCUCAAAAGGAUCAUGUUCUUGUGGUUUGUGUGAGCUGCCUCAGCCUUCUGCUUCGGCAGAUAGCUCAGACCUCGGUUUUUAUGAUUCAUGAUAUCAAGCUCAACCUCAUCCAAGAAUUGCUAUGUACAUUAUCCCGACAUUUAAUAGCCCAAAGGUUUGUAAGUCGGUUAUGUUCUUGUCUUAGGUGAUGAAUAAUUAUAAUAACGUCUGGGCUCAAAGAAAGUGUUGAUUAUAUAUUUCCUCUAGUAAUAUUAGUUUUGUAGUUGUUUGUUUUGUUUUUGAACUGUUUUAUCACCUUUUUGAAAUUUCAGAUUCAAGUGUUAGCACCAGCAGUCAGCCUACAACAGAAAAUCAAAUAGACAGUAAGUUAAUGUAAACAGACUAGCUUUGAAACAGAUGCGAGAGUCCGUUUAUUGGUGUUCUCAGCUAGAGCUAUUCUGUUUAACACUUGUCUUAAUUCUUAUUGUUACAGGCGAAAAGGGUACAAGGGUAAUAAACAUAUUGAUACCAGCUUUCCUUUUCCUGUUGAUGUGUUGCUGCGGGUUAGGUUUGUAUCUCUUCUGUAAGCGCAAGAAAGGAAAUCAUCCGCUAAACCACCAGCAGUUUAAUAACCCGAUUUUCUUCUCAAACUCCAAGCAAGAGGUACAAACAAAUGGUCAUGCAGUAACUUCAAACGGGACUACAACAACAGCAACGUAAGACCUACCUUGGGAGAGAAGUCGUUACAGGAGAUAAAUGGCGGCUGGAGGUGAAAAGAAAAAUUUUAAGAAAAUGAAUAUUUAAAAAAAACAUGGUCUUUGGCUUUCGUUGAUAAAAUUACCGUUACGGUAAAAUGGAGUAAUUAUUCCGCAUUUUAGCAUCUGCGUGACGACUGCAAAGAGCAAAAUGCAAUAAAAUGAAGUGUUACCCAAGCUAAAAAAAAAAAAUGGCAUAAAUUCCAAAAUUAUAGUCUGAAGGUUUUUGAUAUCCAACUUUUUCUUUUUUUGCAAAAUUUAUUUUAAAAAGCGGUAACACUUAUUUUAUGUGCUUUUUCUGUCAGAGGUCGUUAUUUUCUUUUUAUACUUGGAACGGGUGUAUUUAAAUUUACAUAACACUAGAUGUAACCCAGGCAUUCAUUUCUAUGCGGCCUCGUUCGAUAAAAUGCACCACGUGGUACAAAUCAUGAGAGAAUAUGCUUGGUUCUAUUUGAUAAGACUUUGUUGUGAACUCACAGCUCCAAGUUAACAAGGAAAUCAAAGGUGAAGAGUUCAUUUUGUUAGACUCAAUUCUUUAGUUGCGUGACGACUUGCUUCACUUUAGGAAGUCGGGCAUGGUGUCCUAAAACGAUAAUUAACAAGUAGCCACCGACACUUACGUGAAUAGUCGUUUUAGUAGAUACUAAAACAGUGAGAUGUUAGAGCACAAAAAGAUGAUUUUAACUCAUUUAUUUAUGCAGCGAUUACAAUAUUUUCGCGCGCAAAUCCAGCACGCGUUGCUCGAAGGUGAAAAAGGAAAGGAUAUAAGGAGUUUGAGUAGCCAAUUAGAGCGCGCCAUCUACACUAAGAUUGUGCAGCUGUUUUCCCGGCAUGAAGCUCAGUAGGUCUUUUGUUAUCAAUGUUACUUCAGCAGUAGCGAGCUUUUCCUUUCAAAGUGAAAAUGUCACUUCAAGGUAUUUCACCUUUUUAUUCUGCAAAAUAAAUAGAAAUAAGCUGAAGGCUGGAAAACAUAUGGAGAAUUCUAGCUCUAAUGCAUGCAUAAAUUAGUGUUUUAUCAAGCCGCUUUUACACCAGAGAGGAUUCUCGAUUGCCUUAGUUUUUUUGCGCAAAAGGACUUUUGUCCGUCUGGGAAACGAAGUUUCUCACUCUUAAUCUCUUAAUUUUGUGAAUAUAACGGAAAUCUUUCUGGUGUAAUUGGAUCCAAGCUGUCCUAUCAUAUAAGUUAAGUAUGAGAUAACCACAAGUGUUACAAAAGUGCUUAUCUCACAUAUAUGCAUGUUUAUACUGGUGCAUGCGCAAUGUGACCCGGGAAACAUGUUCUGCAUCGUCUCUAUGCAACGUUGUUUUUCUGUGCACAUUGAUUUGAAUAACUGAAUAAUUAUGGAAAUGUGAAGGAUGAGUUAAUGACUUUAUACUGGGCAAUGAUUUUCAGUGUAUCAGGUUAUAUAUUACUAUAUUCAAAAACGGAAUAAUCUUAACAUCUAACCCUUAAAGUGCUUAGCACUCAGUGAAAAUUAUAAUGGACUCCUUUCUACGAUGGAGUUUUUUUUUUUUAAUAAACUAUGUCCAUCAUUUUUGACAUGUUAAAGAUGUAUCAAGUAUUUCUAAACCGGGGAUAAGGCUACAAUUUUUCCAACAGUUUGUUGGAGUACACUGAUACAGGAACUUGUGGCUUUUAGUGACCUUAAGCAAGAUUGUAAUGAUAGGAAUUAUUUUAUAAAGUGACUUCUUUUAUAUUUAUCUACUUCUCACUUAAUGUUAUUUACGUGUCUUUGUUUUCCCCUUGUUCCAGGUUUAUCGUAACAAAAAAUUAUUGUACUUUUAGUGAUUUGUAUCAGCUAAAAGCAUAAAUAAGCGUAAGAUUGAACAAUUUUAUUCUGACUUAAUUAUGCUUUACCCAAGCUUCUGCGAAAAAUUUCCUGCAAGUUUUUAUAUAUCAG